AUGAGUUAUCGCGGGAGAGGUAGAGGUGGAGACCACAACGGCAAUUACAACAAUAAUAACCAUCAGGGCAGGGGAUCGUUGCAACAAAACAUUGACACCUUUGUCGAUGCCAAUGCUUAUCCGGUUGAAAUAGUUGGUUGGAAUGGAGCAAGUCUGACUGAUUGUAUAAAUUUCAUUUCCAGGAAAUGUCGAGUGAUUGUGAGUAACUAUACUGUAGAUAAGAACACCGGCGUCUUAAAAGGGUACGUGAAAAAUGAGUCUCAAGCAAAUACUUUGCUCACCUGGUCAGGCGUGAAAUUUGCAGGUCAAUCUUUGAGAUUUUCCAAGGGACCCUCAACUUUGUCAAAUCAAAUGGGUGGAGCAAAUCCCGGACAAAAUAACACCAUUGAAGUAAUCACGGGCUUUUUAAAAUCAAGGUACCGGCCGGACUUGAAAAUGUUGAAUUUGAGUAAUGUCAAGCAAGAUCCAAAUUUAAAUGCACAGGGUUUCUUUGGAUCAUUAUCGGUAACGUCAAAGUUUUUCCCUGCUUUGAUGAAAAUAGCACUGGAUUUGAAACUCGAUGUUGUGAGUAUUGAUCUAUCCAAUAACGAGUUGACUGAUUUGCAGUCACUUUCUUACAUGGCUCAAACUUUUCCAAAAUUACAAAAUCUUUCACUACUGAACAAUCAAUUUUCCAAAAUUAAAGUUUUUGAAACUUGGAGGCAUAAGUUGAAUUUUCUUAGAGAGUUGAUAUUAUUCAAUAAUCCGCUCUUGCAAAACUCAAAUCCUGCAGAGAUUCAUGCAAUUAAAUUGGAAUUGAUGAGAGCAUUCCCGAGAUUGGUUGUUUUGAAUGGAGAAAUCGUUCGAAAUGAACAGAUCUUAAAUGCUAAUUCCACCUUCCCUUUUGAAGCGCCUCAAGCAAUGUUUUUCCAAGACGAUGAAAUUAGGACACUAUCAACAAACUUUAUUGCAAGUUUUUUGAACCUAUGGGACACAAAUAGGGUCAACUUAAUGGUGCUCUAUCAGAACGAAUCCCAAUUUUCGAUGCAAGUGGACUCAUCACACCCUUUUCUUAUAGAUGAAAACAAUAGCUCGAGUAAUGACUAUGGAAACUACUUGUCCAACUCGAGAAAUCUCACUCGUGUUUCAUCUGCAAAGAGUCGAUUGGAGAAAGUAGCAGUAGGACCAGAAGCCAUAUACAAACUUUUUCAACAGCUACCUGGAACCAAGCAUGAUAUAUCAACUAAACCUGAAGUAUUCAGUAUGGAGUGCUACAAAUUUCCCGUUUUAAAUGGGAUAUUGAUUACUAUUCACGGCUGUUUUGAAGAAACCGCGCAGCCUGAAGUAACAGAAUCACAUGAUACACGUGGAGCUGCACGAGGUAAUGCUAGGUUUCAUAGCUAUAAUCGUCCAAAAAAAGUUGCAUUAUCCAAAAAAAGUUUUGAUAGAACCUUUUUAGUAAUACCUGGACCAAAUGGAAACAUGAUUGUUGCAAGUGAUUUAUUGUUAGUAAGACCAUUUUCGAAUGAAGUUCCUUGGACACAGAUACCCGCUAUUAAUCCAAAUCCAACCACAAAUCCAAACUCAAGUCCUACUCCUACUACAGGCAUUAAUAAUACGAACGGAUUGGUUCCACAAGGACCAUUUUCAGGAUCCCCGGCACUACAAGGUGGGGCAUUACCACCACCACCACCUGCUGCUGCAGCAGCAGCAGCUGCUGCUGCUGCUGUCACACCAACAGCGUCGGAUCUUCCACCUGAAAUAAAGUCCAGAUUACAACCAGGUCAACAAGAGAUUCUUGUAAAAAUAGUCAUUGAAACUAAACUUAAUCUACAAUAUGCAUUACUACUUUGUGAACAAAGUAAUUGGAACUAUGACGAAAGUAUAAUGAACUUUAAAAAUUCAGCAAACUCUUUACCAAGAGACGCAUUUGUGUAG